AUGGUGCUUAUUGGACAGCCACAACGGCAUAAUUCGACUUAUUCUGGUAAUAGCUUGAAAGAAGACCCUGCGUCGAGCGAAAAGACAAAGAAUCCCAGAUUUUCGCCUAGUCCUCCGAAGAAUGUCAAGAAUCUGGAAAACUCAUCAGACACUUCGGUGAAAACUAAAAGAACAAAGUCAAGAAAUGGAUGUGUCACCUGUAAGAAGAAACGUUUGAAAUGUGAUGAAACCCACCCGAGCUGUUUGAGAUGCACUGAAAAGAAUAUAGCUUGUGGAGGUUAUGCUACGAAUUUCAAAUGGAGAUCAUUCAAUGAUGAACCUUUUGAACCAAAAGGGUCCAACGCAAAGCCAACCACUUCAAAUAAUACAUCAAAGAAAAGAAAGGCCGAAACCAAAGAGUCGAACCAAGAGCAAGUUAUCCAAAAGCACUUGGAAUUAGCAUCAUUAUCAGUUACUGGUAAAUCAUCGAAAGAAAUCGAACGUGAUUAUCAAAUGAUAUCGCGUGGAGUCAAUCCCACCCCAGAUGCUCUUAUUGGCUCGACGAAAAAGCUAAAGAGAAGCCAAAGUCAAUCCACACCUCAAGAUUCCCACCUUUCUAUUAGUCCCCCCAUGGCUAGGUCUCUUAGCGUAUCUUCUCCACUGGGAUUAUCAUUGGUCAGACAAGACUAUUCCGACAUAAGGAACAGUUCUAAGCCAACUCCACCUUCAGAAGUAAUCGAAGAAUUGCAAAAACCAGACCAAAAAACCAAUAACAAUAAUUCUUUUACUGAUUUAAAUCUCACUCCUCAUUUGACAGCAUUACUCAACUAUGCAUUCACCGGUUCCAAUGAAGAAGCUUAUUAUUUCGGUAAUGAUAAUAAACUUUCGGAUUUAGUCGAUGUUCCAUUGAGUCCCUUGGCCUUAUCUAAUCCUGCUGCUCAAGAGAAGGACAAUUCCAAAAACCACACAAGUAUGGUCCAAUCACCAGGAUUCCGUAAUAUCGAUCUUGCUCAUAAGUUCGAUCCCUUUAUUAACGUACAAUCUCCCGCAGGGGCUACACCAUCUCUCGAGUUCAGUUCUUCUCAACAUGAUUUAUUGAAUUCGGAACAGCAACAAAUUCUUUUCUUAUAUUCUCAAUACACUAGUUCCAUGAUGUCAAUCAAAAACGGACCUUAUGAGAACCCCUGGAAAAGCGUCAUUGCUCCCAUGGCGAAGAAUUAUCCUUGUUUAUUUGAUUCUAUUGCAUGUAUGACUCUAUUUCAUUUAGCAGGAAAUCCAGGGCUAGAAGAAAAUAAAGAGCAUUUACUGUCAAGGGGAGGCGGUUACAUGAAAAGGUGUAUUUUAGAGCUUGCAUCUGGAUUAUCAAAAAUGAAUGAUGAUUUGAAUUGUGAAAAAUCAUUACCAGCCGAUAUUGCAUUAGCAACCUGUUUAAACUUAGCAGUUAGUGAAUCUUUUGAUACCCAUACUUCCAGUGGUAUUGCCCACUUGAAGGGUGCCAAAAGCAUGAUUCAAAAAAUUUUAUCAUUAUUCAGGGAAUUUUACCGUACAAUAUCAAAGAUCAGAAGAGACAGCAAUGCAUCUUCUCAAUCACCAGAAGAUACUCUUCGAAAAGCUAGAGAAGCAUGUAAAGUAUUCAAGAAAAAAUUAGUGUUAGUUGACGAUAGUGAUUGGGAUAAAAUGAUAGAGGACGUAUUAUCAAAUACUUGUCAAGAUGAAAACCUACUUGUUCCAAAAAUUUUACAAUUCUUAUUUAAUAUUUGGAUUUAUUUUGAAGUUUUAGCUCAAAUGACAACAUGUUCUAAUCAUGACGAUAAAGGUAUAGAUUUAGUUGAUACUAUAACCAAUAUCUUACAAGAAACCCAAAAGAAACAUUCUAGUGAUUUAACAUUAGGAGAAAAUGCAGAGACUAAUUUUUUACUUGGGAAUGAUAACUUAUUUGAGAAUUUUGAUUCGUUCAAUCAUGAAUAUAUUGAUCCAUUAUUAGGAUGUGCCCAGUCGUUAUUUUCAAUCAUGGGUGAUGUUGCUAAUUUAAUUAGUAAAAUCAAAAAAUCGAAAAAGAAGGACGGGAAGUCAUUUAGAAAUUCAUUAACCACCAUAACUCGAGCUGCUCAAUUGAGACAAAGAAUAGUUAAUUGGAAGCCAUCAAUUUCGGCAAGCAUGAUUGAUCAAAGUCCAUUAGAAUUGAAUGCAGACUCUGGAUGGGAUAUUCCAUCAUGUAUUGCAUCGGCGGAAGCUUAUCGAUACGCAACAUUAAUUUAUUUGCAUCAAGCAGUUCCUGAAAUUCCUCUGUUAGCAUCCCAUGUAUUAGCAGAGAAAAUAUUCAUUUUAUUAGCAUCAAUACCUACUACAUCUAAUUGUUCAGCUAUUCACAUUUUCCCUUUAUUAGUUGCUUCAUGUGAAGCAGAAUCUGGUGAAGAAAGAGAAUGGUGUGAAGCCAGAUGGGCAGUUUUGGCAGGGAAAUUAUGGCUUGGUAAUAUAGACCGUGCUUUAGAAGUGGUGAAAGAAGUUUGGACCAGAAAAGAUGAAUAUAAUAAUAAGAGAAGUCGAGAUGAAGAAUUGAUCAAGUUUGGUAUUUCGAAUACCGACUCAAACAGUGACAUUGCAGUACAACUAAGUGGAUUAAUGGCUGCUGUUAAUAACGAAUCACAAGCUGCAGUGGUAGAUGACCUCAAGGGCACCAUCCAUAGCAGAAUGCACUGGAGUACUGUAAUGAGAGAAUGGAAUUGGGAAAUAUUAUUAGGUUAG